GUGUCUUUUUUGAUCCCUGAAUGUGGCAUACUACCUGAGGUGCUGAAAAGUACUAUUGCAGAUGUUGGAGAGUACUACCUGGUGAGGAAUUUAUUGGUUCAUGAAUUGAUCGCUCACGAAUUCAUUGAUGCUUUUGUGAAGAAAGGUUCAUGCUACGCACUUAGCUAUAACACAAAAAUUGAUCAAGAUAAUACUGCAGCUCUGCUACCAAAUGGAAAGCUAAUUCUAUCAGUGGAUAAGGAUACUUUUGAGGAACUUGGGCUGCAAGGUCGCCCUUCGCAGUAUUCUGGCAAAAAAGCAAUGAGAUAUAUUAUAACUAUAGACUUGACUGAUUCUGGCUUUCACCCUGAGAGCAAGAAACAUAACAGAGUGCUUUGGGCCUUGAAAGAAAAGAAACCUUUAGAAUUUGACUUUCUGAUGGCCUGGCAUAAUACAGGUGCAGAAGGAUCAACACUGAUGUCAUACUUUUCAAAAAACCAAAUACAAGCCCUGAAGCCAAAAAUAACAUUCAGCACAUUAAGGGACUUGCAGUGUCCAGUGUUAGAAAGUAACGAGCUGCAAGGCAAGCCGGAGGAGUCCUGCAGCACAGAGGAGCUCUUUGAAUGGCUGGGUGCUGUCUUGAACCAAGUUAGCUUAGACAACAAGUCGUCUAGCUUCUUAUCAACCUAUUGCUGUCCUCAGCCCAAUGUGAUCGUGGAAAAAGCUUUUUUGUGCACAAUCACAGGCUUUAUAAUUCCUGAGAAGAUAAUUCAGUUGUUGGAGCAGCUGUGUUGCUAUUUUGGUGAACCAAAACUGGCAUACUGGCUGACGCUAACUGUGCAUGGCUUUGCAGACAGCCCCGUUUCCUGGAGAGAAAGUGAACAUGGUUUCCACAAGGGAGGAGAGAACUUGUACAACUUUGUCAUUUUUAGAAAUCUGGACUACUGGCUUCAGAUGGCUGUAGGAACUAAUGAUGACUGUCCUCCAUGAAGUUAUGUCUACAGAAGAAGUUUUCUAGUAAUCCCAUGUUACUGGAUAGAAACCUAAUAAGAUAUUUUUUUAUCAAAGUGAUUAGGUAACAAUUA